CUGAGGUCAACCAGCACGCAAGAUGAGGAAUAUGAUAGCGCGCCUAACGCAGCAUUAGGAGGGCACAACCGAUUCUCAAGAACUGAGACCCCGUCUACACUUCGAAGUCUUCGUAUCUGAAUGAUAGACAUAGCGUGGAAUCUGUGCCCCUUGCCGCCUUAUGGGGUGAAGCGAGGGUGAGCAUGGUAAGCAGGGUGAGCAGGGUAAGCACGGUGAGCAGAGUAAGCAGGGUGAGCGGGGUGAGGCGACGCAACAUUCUCGUGUCAACUUCGUGACUCGCGUCAAUCUCGUAAUAGAUCCGUCGAAAGGUGUUGUCGCUAGCAAUUCCCCAUAUCCCGACGUAGUCUUUUCAAUUUCUACAGAGAAAUUUAUCUGCGACAAGAGGGAGCCAUGGCGCCUGAAUCUCCUCUGGGCGAGUCAGUGAUCUCUGGACCUUUCAGCUUGUACGAGGGGAGUUUCAUUUUAGAGUUUUUGGAGCCACAUCCCUCGAGAGAUGCAACAGUUCUGAUAAGAGCAACGUACAAACACGACCACCCUCUCUGCAAACAAGGCAAAGGUCAUCCUCAGGCACCGCCUCUCCACCUCCAUUUCAAUCAAUCAGAGACUUUCCAGGUCCUCCAAGGCCAAGUAGCCACCGUCGAGGGAUGGUCUGUAACCACGAAGGUCUAUACCCGAGAGGACGGGCCGCAUGAGAUCAAGCCAUGGGUACCUCAUAGCUUUAACCCCGUGUCAGAUAGCCCUGAAGAUACCGUCCUGCUGGUCUGGGCGCACCCUGACGACGUCGAUGAGAUGAUGGACAGAGUCUUCUUUACAAACUUGCUGAUGUACGUCAGCGACGUGCAUGAGAAGAAGGUUUCGCUAAACCCGUUCCAGAUCAUGCUAACCCAGCAUGUUUCUGCCACUGCCAUGGUAUGGUUUCCUACCGCGACGUGGCUGGGCCCGCUGCGCUGGUGGGUACCGUGGAAGGUGCAAGCCUUGUUUGCUGCGGCAGGGAGAUUGAUGGGGUUGACCCCUAUGAUGAAGAGGUAUACCUCGGAUGAAGAGUUUGCAGAGAUUCAGAAGACGAAGAGGACUUGAAGGGUCGUUCUAUGAAGGGUCGUUCUAUACCUAAGAAAACGUGUCGAUCCCGUAGAUACAUCGUUUGUAAUUCCAGAUUCUUGACGCUAUGCAGGAGCUGGAUUCCAUCUUACAUGCUUUACCUUUGAGUUUAUAUUUCUAUUUUAUAUAAUGCUUCUAGAUAUGGUUCCAUUGCAGUGUAUUAGAGAAGUAGCAGGUACCGCUAGCGAC